ACGGCUAUAUAUCUCGAUAUAACCUCUGUCGCAUGUCUCAGGUACCCUUACGUGUUCGGCGAGGUGUUCUGUGUGCUGCGUGGCCUUGCUGCUGAAACCUCUGCUAACGCAACUGUGCUGACCAUCACCGCCUUCACCGUGGAGAGAUACGUCGCCAUCUGUCACCCGUUCUUCGCCCACACCCUCAGCAAGCUGUCGCGGGCUGUGCGCCUCAUCCUGGUCAUCUGGGCUGUCGCGCUUGGCUUCGCCAUUUCCACAGGUCUUUUCAUCGAUUUGUACUCCACCAUAUACUAA